GAAGACAGUCCACACUACAGAAAUCUCCUGCUGUAACCUGCACUUCUACGGGAUUCUCAGUUUACCCUCAUUUAUUUGGAUUAUUUAAAAUGCUAAACUGAGCAGCUUCAAUAUGGAACAAGCACUGCAUAGCACCGUGAGAGUGUCCCGUCUCCAGAAGAAUAAUGUGUAUUAAGGGAGACACACUGCAGCAUGCCAACAUGAUGACCGAUAUGAUAGUGUUGUGUAUCACUUUGGCUAUUUCAUUGUUCUUCUGGAUCAUAUCCAUAACUGCGAGCACAUACUAUGGUACGCUGCAGCCCGUGUCUCCGUGGAGAUGGCUGUUCUCAGUUCUGGUCCCAGUGAUUCUUAGUUCUCGUGCUUUGAAGAGGAGGAGUCUUGAUCGUGGAGGGGCUCUCGGAGCCCUGCUGGUUGGUUUCAUUCUGUCCAUGGCCAACUUGAGCUUCUUCGCUGCCUUGUUUACGUUUUAUGUCACUUCCACCAAGCUGACCAGAUGGAGGGGGGAUGUCAAGAAACGCAUCGACUCCGAAUACAAAGAAGGUGGCCAGAGGAACUGGGUACAGGUUUUCUGUAAUGGAGGAGUCCCCACGGAACUGGCCUUACUCUACAUGAUUGAGGUGGGUCCAGGGGAGAUGCCCGUGGACUUUGGUCAGCACUAUUCGGCGUCGUGGAUGUGCCUCUCCCUGCUGGGCGCGCUAGCCUGCAGUGCAGGGGACACCUGGGCUUCUGAAGUGGGUCCUGUACUCAGCAGGAGGCGACCCAGACUCAUCACCACCUGGAAGGAAGUCCCCACAGGUACAAAUGGAGGGGUCACCCCUGUGGGUCUGGUAGCCAGCCUCCUCGGCGGAGUUGCUGUGGGAACAGCGUAUUUCCUCACGCAGCUGCUGCUGGUUAACGACCUCCACCUGGCAGCUCCACAGUGGCCCGUGAUGGUGUACGGGGGCACAGCUGGCCUGCUUGGCUCUGUGCUCGACUCUUUCCUGGGGGCACACAUGCAGUAUUCAGGCUAUGAUGAAAGCACCGGGAAAGUCGUGAGUUACGAGACGCCGACGGUAAGGAGGAUAUGUGGGAAGCCUAUUCUGGAUAACAACGGCGUGAACCUCUUCUCCUCGGUGCUCAUAGCUUUGCUCCUGCCAGGAGCUGCAUGGAGUUGCUGGCCCAGACCCUGACUGACUUCUCCUUUAGGACUUAUAUGGAUUUGCCAUCUUUAGAAUAAAACAGAUCUGUGGAAAAGAUUGUUUACUCUUUGUUUUUGGUGAAUCCUCAGUGUUUUACUGUUUUAAUAAUUCUUUUUUUUUUCUGUAUGUAAGGAACAUUCAUUAUGCUGUUAAUGGAACAUCUUCAGACAUGGUUACAUGUUGGUACUGAGUCUUAUAGUUUGGUGAAGCUAUUUUAUAGAUUUGUGUAGAAACACUGACUUGAUCAUGUCUGCUUUGCAAACCAGUAUAUUGAGCUCUUGUCAGAACAAGAAGCCCAAACCUGUAUUUGCUUGUUAAAGGUUUUACCACCUUCUAACUUCUGUUCACAAUACAUGGAAAACAGUAUCUGAGCCUGCAUCUAAGUUAGCACGUUUUGAGAUUGGCAAUCAGUGUAUGUAUAACAGUAUAAAACAGAAGGAAACAUUUGUACUAAAAAUGAACCAGAAUUCAUAAUCUGAAUAAACCAUUACAGUCUUGGUUUCCACA